CAACGCCAGUAUGUACAUCAUACCGUGAUGAGCUCGAAAACUAGAGCAGAAAGCACGCAGGACGGGCGCUUUGAGUGGGUCGGAGGACGACGGACUUCCGAGGUGGCAUCCUGUUCUAUCUGCCACCCAAGUGCAUCGAUAUCAGGGCUCCCUAAUGUCUGGCCCUUGAUGACAUCUAGCUAACCCAAAGUCAGCUUGACGGAUAUCUUUGGUUUACUUACUGUCAGGCGUUCACCAGCACAGAUGAACACCAGUAGGGGAGGAACAAUUAACUGGCGACCCCAGCCAUGGCAAGAUGCGGACAGUGGUGGUGGGGAGCCUCUCUCCGACAGUGACUCAGAGGAAGAGGAUUUCCCAGAUGACAGUACAACUCCCCUUGGAGACUAUGUCACUCAGGGGCUGAAGCAACUACUUGAUGCUCAGCAACUCUGUGAUGUUACUUUGUUAGUGGAGGGGAAGAAGUUCAUGUGUCACAGAGUUCUCCUGGCUGCCGUCAGCCCAUACUUUCGCGCCAUGUUCACCAGCCCCCUUGUGGAAUCUCGUCUCACUGAGAUCCGGUUAGAGGAGGUGACUCCCUCCGUCAUGGAGACAGUCAUCCAGUUCAUCUAUACAGGGGAAGCAGGACUCAGCCUGGAAACAGCAGAGGACCUAUUCGUGGCAGCCAAUCGACUUCAAGUAAUGCCGUUACAGGAUCUUUGCUCUAGAUUUCUCUUUGAGCAUCUGUCUGUUGAGAAUUGCCUGGGUAUGUACUCUUUGGCCCGUUCGCAUCACGACCAACUUCUGCUUCGAGCGUCUUUAAGGCUGGUGGCCCAGCACUUCCCUCGUGUGGCCCGACAGCGGGACUUCCUUUUGUUAGACCCAGGCACUCUGGGAAGCUUGCUGGAGUCAGACCGUCUGGGGGUGGAGUCUGAGACAGAGGUUUACGACGCCGCGCGACGCUGGGCGGAGCACCAGCCAUCCGAACGCUACGUCCACAUGCCCAGCCUCCUUCGGCACCUGAGACCCGGCCUGCUGGCCCCUGAGGAGAGCCGGCGGCUGAGUCAAGAACUUGGGCCACAGGCAAGCACGGAGGGCAUGGCAGGUCCGCUGAGACCCCGAGAGGGUAUGUUUGAGAAAAAGAUUGUUUGCGUAGACCUCAAGCCAAGAGAGGAUGAAUCGUUACGGGAGAGCGAUUACACGGUAGAUUGUUUCGACCCACGCACCGGCAAGUGGGAGAAGCUCUCCGCGCUUGGCUCUUUGCUGUGCCCCGGCUGCACUGCCGUCGGGGGGCGCCUCUUCGUAGCGGGGGGCAUCCUUCGGACGGGUCAGGUGUCCUCGUUGGUGCAUGAGUACGACGUGGUGCUGGAUCACUGGCUCUCGCGCCCUGCGCUGGCUCAGCCGCGUGCCAUGCAUGGGCUUCUUGGCUGUGGGGACUACUUGUAUGCUUUGGGUGGUUGUAACAGGUCAGCAAUUCUCGACACGUGUGAAACAUAUGACCUCUCCACAAUGAGCUGGGGGCCCGGCCCCCAGUUACCGUUGCCUCUGCGCUCCUUCGCUUGCGCCGCCUUGCGCGGCCGCCUCUAUUUGCUCGGCGGUGCCACGCUGGAACAAAACCGCGCUGUGGUGCACUCUGGUGUGCUUAUUUACAACACUGUGAGCAGGACCUGGAGCCGCGUGCCCCUGGAUUCAGGCGCCACCUGCUUGGCCGGAGGAGUAGCAGUGCGAGGAGGCGUCUGUGCUGUGGGGGGUUACAUGCGUGACGCCGCCAAGUUCUUGGACGGCAACUACACCCAGCUGGAGCCGCUGGACGCUACGGGACGCGUGCUGUUCUUCAGAGAGGGCCGCGGAUCCGGGACGGAACGGGAGGUGACCGUUGGAAACGAGCGUGGAGCCGGUGGGGGAAGCGACCGUGCUCCAAGCCCAGUCGUGUUUCCGGGGUUACCAAGGCGCAUCGCCGCCGGAGGCGUGGCUAGAUGGAAACGUAGGAUAUACGUCCUAGGUGGAGAGAACGGCUCACGGUUCUAUGACAGCGUGUACUGUUGGAAACCGGGCUGGCGCAGCUGGGUUCAGAGACGGGAAAAACUACCGGGGGACACAGGGGGAGUCAGUCAGUUUGGGUGUACAACCCUAAAGUUCCCAAAGAAACACAUCCUGGCUCGUUUAAGGUUAGGUCAGGAAAAACAGAAACAAAACCAUAAACCAGAAGACACAGAGAAACACACACAAACCAAUAAUGUCCAUAAGGCAUUGUAAUUGUAGCGUCAGUGUACCUUCACAAUAGGGGAAUAUUAUUGUGUCAGGAGACACAAGUGAUGUAACUAUUGCAGUUUAUGCAUGAUCAGAUUAUAUUUGGACUGCCUUUAUGAACCUAAUUCU